UUCCUGGUAGUUUGCUUUCUAUGUGUGUAUCUCUUUGUGGAAUGAAACAGAAGUAGCGGCAACUUUUCAGACCAGUCUCCAGAGAGUCUCACAAUGGUGAAUGCUAAAUCAGCCUGAGAUGCAUUAAAGUACAGGAGGUGGUUCCAAGAUUCUUCUUGUGCUUGCUACACAACUAUCUGUUCAGCAGUUACCCUGAUGUACUGACUGUCUAACAUCAAGAAAACCCAAAAGAAUACAGUAUCACCCCCAUACCAUACCAGUCUUCUUAUCUUGGCAAAAUAGAACUGAAGGACAGCAAACUCAGAAAUGGAAUCAAAUUACAGUGAAGAUUACUAUGAUUAUACAAAUUAUUCUUUUGAUAGCACUGAAUCCAACAACUCACCUUGUAAAAUGAGUGAGAUCAAUGAAAUAGUUUACAAUAUAAUAGUUUACAUUUAUAUUAUUAUUUCUCUCCUGGGCUUUGUAGGCAAUAGUUUGGUGAUAAUAACCUAUGCCUGUUAUAAGAAGUCCAAGUCUAUGACAGACAUGUUUCUCCUCAAUGUAGCAAUAGCAGAUAUACUGUUUGUCAUUUCGCUUCCACUUGAGGUGAUACAUGUCAAGUACAGCUGGAUCAUGGGGAAUUUCCCCUGCAAGCUACUCAAAGGCAUGUACAGUAUCAAUCUGUACAGCGGCAUGUUGCUACUUGCUUGCAUAGGUACUGACCGUUAUGUUGCCAUUGUUCAAGCAAAGAGGUCUUUUAACCUCCGCUCAAUCGCAUGGUUCUACAGCCUAAUAGUUUGUCUGGUGGUCUGGAUUUUUGCAGUUGCUGUGUCUAUGCCUACUUUCAUCUUUACUAAAAGCAUACCAUUAAAAAACUCUACAGUCUGUGAAAAUAGCUUUCCUACGUUACAUGCUGUCACUUUAAAAACUGUCAUCCCAUCUUUACAGAUUUCAGUAGGGUUCUUCCUACCUCUUUUCGUCAUGAUCUUCUGCUAUUCCAGAAUAAUUUGUACUCUUAGCCGCACCCGCAACUUGCAGAGGCACAAGGCGGUGCGUGUUGUCAUGGCAGUGAUGGUGACUUUCAUUUUAUGCCAUCUUCCUUACAACAUUGCCCUUUUGUUUGACAUUACAAAAAAAUUUAAUACCAAUUCCAUCUGCGAAGAACAAAGGACACUUGUUAAGACUAUUAUUAUUGCUAAGUGUUUAGCGUCUUUCCAUGCUUGUCUAAAUCCAAUUCUCUAUGCAUUUAUUGGAGUGAAAUUCCGAAGCCAUUUCUGCAAGAUAAUGAAGGACAUUUGCUGCCUACACAAAAGAUUUAUGCCUGACAGGCAAACAUCUCCAGUUACCACAGAUGGCUUCAUUUCCAGAAAGAGUUCGGGGAUGGUUGAUAUAAACAGUGCAUCGUCAUUUACCAUGUAGGCAGGCAGAUCUUUGUGGUCCUGGAAGCAACAGAGAAGAGACAAUCAGCUAGCUGUGUAUGAGUAUAUCCAAAUGCAGACUUACAAAGACAGUAUGCCCACUGCAAGUACAUGAACAUAUUUUUAACUGUCUGCAAAUAAUACUAAAUGACAGCUCACAGAAUACACAAACAAAUCAAGGAAAAUGAAUAUAGAUGUCCAGUUUUAUAGCCAAGCUGAUGCGGUACUGUACAUGUUGUAGAAGAGGCCUCCAUAUACUGUAUUGGUCCUUAUUCUUAACUUAGUCAAGGCUGGGUUAAGCAAUAAAGAGAAAUAACUAAAAACAGUGCUUUAAAGUAACUUUCAUUAAGCCAGAGACUAUGGACAGAACUGCUCAGCCCAGGAUGCAGGAAUCCCCAACUCUAGGCCGAUAAACCUCAGACCCCAAAAAAGAAGAAAUUAUCUCAAUGAAUGUUUAAAAUGUAGAAAAACUGUAUGUUUUAUUACCAAAUUUUAAAAAAUAUAAAUAUCUUCAUUAUAUAACUUAAUUUGUUUAUUUCAGUUGACAGAAACCUGAAGUUAAUUGUAUGGAAUCAAGCCAUAAAAUAGUGGAAACACGUGGAUAUCUUGAGAAACUCAAGCUACUUCUCUUUAUGAAUAAUGAGAAAAAGAAAAGCAUGCACAUGUUAUACAAGAUGGGCUGAUGUCAUUGUGAGUAAAAGAAGUCAUUAAAGGCAGCGCAGAAAGUUUUACAACUAGCAAGACAUUUUUCAAAAACUAAUGUAAUUGUUUAGUUAGUGGUGCAGUGUUGGCUGCUUUUUACAAGAUCAGGAAAUACAGACCCUGAAAGAUGCAAGUCUCUCAACAACUAACUAAGCUGACGGAAAUGCUGGAAAGGCAGGUUUUCACUACAUGGGAAUGGCCCAUUUAAAUUUGUCUCCAGGAUUUUAAAAUGACCCACACAAGACAUGUUGAUAUACCAUUGUGAGAGCGGCUAUUGUACUGUACAUUCACUUUUACUCCCAAUGUUCCUCUUAUAAAGAAUCUAAUAAAACUGUUGUCCUGAUUUCUGUAAAACAUUCUGAAUAUUUAUCCUGAACUGACAUCACAUUAUAAAAGUAAAUAUUCAUUUAAUUAUACUUUAAUUUGGGUUUCUCUAUAUAUUGCACACUUUGCAUAGUAACAAUUAUGUAAACAGAGAUAUUAACUGUAAUGGAACAAUCUAAUUUUAUAAUGUUCUUAUUGGAAGCUGUGUAAACUACUUUAAUUGUAUAAUUUGCCAAAUUAAAAAUUAACUACACUAUUGCAGUGCAUAUUACACAGGUAAUUAGGGAGACAGAACACACUGCAGCAUCACAUUUUAAAGGCAUUUUAAAAAAUGAUCAAUUUUUUUGAUGAUUUUUUAAAGAAAAUGAGCAAUUUUUUUCUAUAAUGACCGGACUUAAUAACUUUGUAAAUGCACUUCACUUUAAAGAGAGGAAAUUCUGUUAAUAAUCUUUAUUAACUUUAUAGAUUUGGAUUGGUGUAAUGAAGCAUUGAAGGUUUGGGGGUCUGGUGCAGAUGAAUGCAGUCCUGGAAAGCAGGGCCAUUGUGGUGUCUUGCCGGCUGAUUUAAUCAAAUUUUUGGCCUGGGUUAAUGCUUAGAAUAAGAACUGUAAUUAAGUCAAAUGAAAUAGUUAUAUAGUAAAAGUAAAACACUUAUAGCAAUUAUGCCUGUCAGCAUUACAAAUGGAGAAAUUAUCUGUAAAUGAAAAAUAAUGAAAAUAUGUGACAGCCUCCCUAUGGAAUUAACACAUUAUGUUUAAUUUCUUUAACAUUUUAAGACCUUUUGUAAAGCAGUUUAUAGUCACUGGUAAAAAGCACUUGUCAAAUAAAGAUUUACCAAAUUAUGCAAAAAAGUGAUAUGCACACAUCUGGUGUUUUUUAUAAAUGAUACAAAUUCAAAAAUGGUCAUUGUAAUCCACUUUAAGCAUCACCAAAACCAUAAUUCUAUUUCCAGCUCUAUACCAAACUCAGUUAAAUAAUUACAGAUGAGUCUGAUUGUGCCUCCUGUUGUAUAAAUUAAAGCACAUAUUUACUUUAUUUGAAUACGUUGUAUUAUCUUAGGCAGUGCAGUGUGUCACGGAUGGCUGGGGGGCGACCUGGCCAGGAAACCCCGGAGGACCGGAGGAGGGCUUACACCCCCCCAGACCACGUGGUGGCAACCGCCCUGGUGGCUAUGGGGACCACGGGUAUAGAGCUUUGAAGUUUAACCCUGUAGGGGCAUGUGGUCACCGCCAGGGGCCGGCCCAAUGCCUAUAGAGCCCUGGACCUCUGCACAUCCGCCAGACCCGGAAGUGCUGGAGGGAAGAGGAUCGGGGACACCCGGGUGUGCAGCCAGCACUUCUGCCACACUGGGGAGUGCCGGGGGAAGAUUGUCGCGAAAAGGGGCCGCCUCCCUCCGUUCGGGGGGUGGAGUCAGGAGGUCAAAAGACGAGGUCUUGGAGGAGGAAAGGAGGCGGCCUGAAGAGUGAAAGAGGCAUUGUGUUGUUGGCCAGGACUU